AUGCCGAGACAUCGCCACUCGGACUCGUAUUGUGGCUCUGCUUUGAAGAGGGUUUCUGGUGGGAAAAAUAACAGCAGACAUCUCCAGACCAUUGAAUCUCAAGCCGCCAAGUUGACCAUGUCUAUGCCCGUGCGAGAUCGUUCACGUAAAGGUAGAGAGGGGCAAGGGCAAAGCAUCCAAAAACGGAUAGUCUCAGCGAGCAGCAGCAAGCCAGAGACCGAAUCGUGCGUCGGAAGCAACCAAGACUUGACAAUGGCGACGGCCGUGUUGAUGCCGAUUGCGGGCGCAAACAUCAAUGACACAGAGACUUCUUUCUUCCUCGGGACAGCCAUUCUUGUAAAAGUCUACAGGGAGAAACACGCCAAUCCCGCAAAAGCCUACAAGUACUCGUAG